UUGAAGAUGAAUACAUCUCUGCUGCAGAGACCUCUGCUGUUCCAAUUUCCGGUGAAUUUCUGCACGGAUUACGACAUUACGAUGCUGAAAUGCAAUUCUUUCAGCAAAAGAUCUUCUUUCAGCUGUCGCUGCAUCAAAAAUGAGAAAAAAUCAGAAUCUCAUCAGGGUUUCUCAGUUUUCACAACAGAUCCUCAUCCUCAACGUGAUAUUGGAAGUAUAUGGAGCUCUAUGGGUUUUUAUGUGUUCAGCAUUCAUGUCCCAUUGAGUUUUGGCGGUCUUUCUGCUGCUGCGAAGUUAUUGCAUCAACCUGUCCUCGAUCCACAGACCUCAGCAUACUUAAUGCUCGCAAUCCAAACCUUGGAGUUUAGCAUUGUUCUGCUGCUCCUAAAGUACCCCAGUAAGCCUCAGUACAAUCUUCCAGAUUUCUUCCGUGCAAACAAAUCUUCAAAACAACGAAGCUGGCUGCUGGCGUCGGUGCUUGGGUUUGGAGUCCUUCUGUCAUUGGUUUUUAUCACUUCAUAUUUUACUGACAGAUUGAUUGGCCCCAAGGAUGUGAACAAUCCCAUCCUCAAGGAGAUUGUCACCAGCGGCCCGAGUUCUGCAACUGCCAGCGUUCUUGCCUACUGCAUUGUCACACCGUUGCUGGAAGAAGUCAUCUACAGAGGUUUCCUCAUGACAUCUCUGGCCUCCACGAUGAACUGGCAACUAGCAGUUACAAUCAGUUCCGUUGUUUUCAGUGCAUCCCACUUCUCCAGUGAGAAUUUCUUGCAACUCCUCGUUGUUGGCUUCGUACUCGGAUGCUCUUAUUGUUGGACAGGGAACUUGAGUGCAUCAAUAUCCAUACAUUCACUGUACAAUGCCCUGAUCCUGUAUUUAACAUAUAUAUCAUGAACGACGUUUCAAACCUCAUAUCCAAACGGUGCUUCUCUUGGUGACAUGAUCUGUUUAGCAUGGUUGUUUUUGUUCAUAAUUGUCAUCCAUUUUGAAUCCAUAGCAUCACUUCCUGUGCUCGACUGGACUCACUAUUACUGCCUUUUUCGUCUCUGGAUGAAGCAGAAAUCUCGGGAACCCUCCCCCAUGCAAAAAGAAGAAAAGUUGGAGAGAAGAGGUAUGUUUGAUUUCCAUUCCGGAAUAAGUGUCCUAUUUCACAAAGGAUGUCAAAGUUUCCAUUUUACCCUUGUCUUCAAUGCAAAUUAUUUAUUGUUCGGUUUUC